AUGCGUCCGGCCGGCGGCAGCCUCCCGGCCCAGCCGGGCACGCCGGGCCGCCCGCGCCGCCGCCCGGAUCUCACCCUCCCGAUGCCGCAGCGCCCGGACGUCUCCUCCUCGCUCGCCGUCCCGCUCCCGCUCCCGCCCCCGACCGCCGCUCCCCCCACCGGCGCCGGCCCCGCCCAGCCGCUCGUGGCGCCGCCCGCGGCCGCCCCGCCCCCGCCCCCGCUCCACGAGCUGGAGCGCGUGCGCCGGGUCGGCAGCGGCGCGGGCGGCACCGUGUGGAUGGUGCGGCACCGCGCCACGGGCCGCUGCUACGCGCUCAAGGUGCUCUACGGGAACCACGACGACGCGGUGCGGCGCCAGAUCGCGCGGGAGAUCGCCAUCCUGCGCACCGCCGAGCACCCGGCCGUCGUGCGCUGCCACGGCAUGUACGAGCGCGGCGGCGAGCUGCAGAUCCUGCUCGAGUACAUGGACGGCGGCUCCCUCGACGGCCGCCGCAUCGCCGACGAGCCCUUCCUGGCGCACGUGGCGCGCCAGGUGCUCUCCGGCAUCGCGUACCUCCACCGCCGCCACAUCGUGCACCGCGACAUCAAGCCCUCCAACCUGCUCAUCGACUCGGCGCGCCGCGUCAAGAUCGCCGACUUCGGGGUGGGCCGCAUCCUGAACCAGACCAUGGACCCCUGCAACUCCUCCGUCGGCACCAUCGCCUACAUGAGCCCCGAGCGCAUCAACACCGACAUCAACGACGGCGCCUACGACGGCUACGCCGGCGACAUCUGGAGCUUCGGCCUCAGCAUCCUCGAGUUCUACCUCGGCAGGUUCCCCUUCGGCGAGAACCUCGGCCGCCAGGGCGACUGGGCCGCGCUCAUGGUCGCCAUCUGCUACUCCGACCCGCCCGAGCCUUCCCCCGCCACUGCCUCGCCCGAGUUCCGGGGCUUCAUCGCCUGCUGCCUGCAGAAGAACCCCGCCAACCGCCUCUCUGCCGCGCAGCUGCUGCAGCACCCCUUCGUCGCCUUGCCGCAGCCGCAGCCGCUCGCCGCCCCGCCGUCAUCGUGA